AGCAUAAGUAAUUAAUUUUAAUUAAUUAAAUUACAAUAAAUAUGGCCGACGAUGAAAUUUGUUAGAAUAUUAAUUUAGGAGAUGUAUAUGUAAGUAUUAUAUGAAAGUGUUCAAAAAAUGAUGGCAAUUUAAGAGAAGCAUUUAAUAAACUAUCCACAUUCAACAAUCCAUAUAAAUUGCACAAUGAGAAAUUUUUAAAACUUGCACAAUUGUUGAAUGAUUAAAAUUACGACUAAGAAAUACAAAAUAUAUUAGGUUCGUUGGAUCCUUUUAAUGAUGAGAAUGGAUAUUAUUCAGAAUUUUAGAAAAUUGAACAGUAAAAUAAGUUAAAUUAGUUAAAUAAUUUUAAUAAUAUGGUGAUUGGAGAGAAAGAUGUGAUAGAGAGAAAAAUUGCUUAAUAGUUAAUUGAUGAAUAUUAAACACAAUUAAAACUAAGUGAAAAUUAGUUGUUUGGAAUGAUCUAUAGCCAUAAAAAUAAUGAGAAAUUCGGUCAUUUCUUAAUAAUGAAGAAUUAACAAAUAGGAUCAAUUGAAAGUAAAAUACAUAAUAGAAUUAUUAUUUUAAGAGGUUUAAUCUGAGAAAGAAGUUUCUACAUUGGUUUAAGAAAAUGAUUUAUCUAAAUUAUGUGCUAUUUUAGGAUGUGCUGAGUUUUUUAAUGAAUAGAGAGAAAAACAAGUCUAGGCUUUGAGUUUAAAUCGUGAAUUAUAUUUAAUGAAAUUUGAUAAUAAGAGAGAAUUAAUAAGUUGUUAGGAUUAUGUUAAUGGAGUGGCAUCUAAUAUUCGAAUUUAGGAAAUUACUGUGAAACAUUUUGAAGGUGCGAGAUAUUAUUUGAUAAAAUGAUAAUGAAUAAUGAG